AGGCUAACGCGGUUUUUCUAAUAAUUUGCGUAUUUUUUAUUCAUGGUUUAAACUUCCGCACACUUUUCCGCUGUCGGACACUUAACCCGUUUAAUCGUCGUUGUCUCAGCGGCCAGAAAAGUUUAAUCAAAGCAGCGGAGCUAAAGCGGCUAACGUUAGCUCCAGCAACGGGAUAGCCGCGGGUCAGCGUUAGCCUGGAGCGGUCCGACGGCGUUCUGCCUCUGUCCCGUCUCUGUCCCGUCUCUGUCCCGUCUCUGUCCCGGCCCUGUCCCGGCCGUACCCGAUUAGACCGGGAUCUCUGCGGAACUCUCCGGUGUUUUGAAUCCGUCGGGUCACAGUAAGUGGUUCUGAGACCGGUGUGAACGCUUCUGCCGCGGGGGAGCGCGCAGGACGCGGCGGCAGAGCGAAGUGUAACGGAUGAGCAGCAGAUCCGCAAAGAGCGACGCGGAGUGAGCGGCAGCACACGGAGAUGGAGGAGGCAGUUUUGAAGGAGGAGCCUGAGGAGAGCUCCAUUGUGACCCCAGAGGAAGCGGGUCUGUACAGCGCCUCCCUCAGACCUGAUGUGGACAUGCAGGACAGUGGGGACAGCGCCCCCUACAGCAGCGACCUGAAAGAGGAGGAGGAGAACAACGGCCCCUACAGCCCGCAUGCCUCAGGACUGUGGCUGCAGACUCAACUCUCAGACCCAGAGCCCAGGGACCUGGUGAGUCCGAGUUUAGACCCAGGUCUAGACCUGUCCCUGGCCCCGGGCUCCUUCCCCUGCCCUGUGUGUCAGGAGCAGCACCUAUCACGGCAGGAGCUGACAGAGCACCUGACGGGUCACACACGCGGGCGCCCGCCUCUCUGCCUUGUCUGUGGGACUCAGAUGCAGAACACGGGCGACGUGCGACGCCACAUGAUGACCCACAGCGGAGAGAAACCCUUCUCCUGCGACAGGUGCAACAAACGCUUCACCCGCCGCCAUGCCCUGCACAACCACCAGAUGAACUGUCGCCAUGACAACAAACUCACAGGCCCCGCCCCUGACCAACAGGGCUCCUUCUGCUGCUGCGUCUGCGGCCUGAGCUUUCCCACGAGGGCGAUCCUCACAGCGCACAUGGUGGUGCACGUAGGUGGAGACCCCCCGCGGUGUCAGGUGUGUACCCGAAAGGUCCGCCCCCAAAUCAGCAACGUCCUGCGUCACAUGAUGCUCCAUAGCGGAGAGAAACCCUUCAGCUGUUACACCUGCAACAAAGGGUUUAGCAGGAAGAGCGGAUUACAGCAACAUCUACAGGUCUGUGAGGAGGCCAAGGCACCACAGGACGCCGCCCCUGAGGAGGAAGAGACUUUCGGCUGUUCAGUGUGUGGUCACAGGGCUGACUCCGCCUCCCUGCUGACUGAUCAUAUGACCAACCACGUGGUGAUCAGUGACACGGGUGGUACCUGCCUUGUCUGCCACAAAACCAUCCAAAAGUCCAAGAAUGACGUGCGCCGCCACAUGAUGAUCCACUCAGGGGAGAAACCAUUCAGCUGUACAGGCUGUGGCAAGAGCUUCAACCGCAACUCCACCCUGCAGGUGCACAUGAACAUCUGCAGCAUUGCGGUGCCUGUUCAAAAAGACUCUCAGGAGAAGGAGCCUGAGGAGGAGGACGAGGAGGAGGGGACAUUUGGCUGUUCACUCUGUGACAAACACUUCUUCAGGAAAGGUCUCCUAACGGACCACCUCACCACACACUUGAGCACUCCACCCGGCACCUGCCUCGUGUGUCUGAGGAGCAUUGGCACCAAACGCAACGACGUGCGCCGCCACAUGAUGAUCCACUCAGGCGAGAAACCAUUCAGCUGUACAGGCUGUGGCAUGAAGUUCAAUCGCAAGUUCACACUGCGUCAUCACGCCAAGCUCUGCACACAGGGCGGCUCACAGGAGGCGCUGGGUGAUGACACCCCACUGGCUCAUGAGGACACUGUGGAGCAGAGGGAGGAUCGGGAGGAGGAGGAGGAGGAGGAGGAGGAGAAGGCACGUUGCCGGUUCUGUAACAAGACGUUCUACGAACCGUCGCAGGUGACGGAGCACAUGGCGGAGCACACUGAUGACAUCACCGGGGCCUGCAUGAUUUGCGGCAAAGCGCUGGGACGCACAGUGGCCGAAGUGCGUCAGCACAUGAUGGUGCACUCGGGAGAGAAGCCGUUCAGCUGCAAAGUCUGCGGGAGGAGGUUUAUACGAACACUCGCACUGAAGACACACAUGAAGACACACGAGAAGAGCGAACGGGAGGGCCCUCCGUCCAAACCUCUCCACGCCUGCUCUGUGUGCGGUCAGGCCUUUAAGACCAUGACAGUGUUGAAGUAUCACAUGUUCAUAUCACUCUGGGUCAGACCUUUCGGGUGUUCAGUCUGUGGGAAAAGGUUCCCGGCAACAGGGCGACGUGCGCCGUCACAUGAUGCUUCACUCUGGAGAGAAACCCUUCACCUGUCGUGCCUGUGGGCGGAGCUUUGCCCGCCGCAACGCCCUGAGACUGCACCUGCGCACGCACAUCGCAGGUGGUGUGGUGGAUGAGGCUCUGCUGGAUGACACUUCUGGCUGCGCAGAUGGAGCAGACGGCGCAGACAGUGUUCUG